AUGGCCUGGGAAUGGCAAGUCUGUUUUUUCGAUCCUGAUAAGAUCUCCGACUUUUAUCUUCUCAUUCAAUGUCAUGAUCAUGGAACUCCAUCGUUGACUACCAAACAAACUGUACACGUUGAAAUUGUUGAAAAAAUCAAUGACAAUAGAGAAGGAGAAUUAAAAUUUUCCUAUUUGAAACUUUUAGGCAAUUUUAUUCGUAAUGAUGUCAAUUGCGAUCACUACUAUUAUUAUCAUAAUUAUUAUUCAAACAGCGCGUCACACUCAACACUUUCAGGAAUCUAUGCACUCGAUCAAUGGAGUACCGGUCAAUAUGUGAUCAGCGGGAAACAAGAAUCAUACAGUCAUUAUAAAGUGGAAUUUGUUUAUCCCUCUGAUUUGCACAGUACACACUUUCAAGCAGAAUCAAGCGUGUGUUUACUUCUUCUUCUUCAAAGAAAUAUCGCUGUAGGUCAAAAGUUGUUUACUGUUGUGGCAAAAGCUGCUGGAGGAGAAAAAGAAGAGAAUUUUCAAAUUAUUUAUGAAUUGAUUCAAGAGAUACCUGAUGGAAAUACCUUCGUUAUCGAUUCAAUAUCUGGUACAGUCCAACUGCGAAACAAUCAACCUCUACUAACCGACCAUCGGCCAGUUAAAAAACAAUUGAUAAUACAAGCUUCAAAAAUUGGCACCCUAUACGACUACUCAAAGCAUUUAAAUCAUAAAAUUCGAUUACUACUUAAUCUGACAAUCAGUAGUAGUAGUAGUAGCGAUAACCAGCCAAAAGAAACCUCUACAACUUCAUUGUCAGUUCACCCGAAAACUAACAGUCGAAUUUACCUGAGAAGAGUAUUCACUAACAACUCAUUUACUGUCUAUUCAAAUCAUACCUAUGAAUUUUAUACUCCAGAAUCUAUCUCACCAGGAACUCCUGUGCUACUGAAUACCAUAGUUUACUGUGUCAAUCCUUUUAACAAUAUUUCUGAAGCCAGCGACCAUUUGGAUAAGCGGUGUGAACUAAAACUAAUUGAAAUCGACUCCACACCCCUGUUAUCCAACGCGAAAAAUUUCUAUCUAUCACCCACUAAAUUCUUAUGUGACAGCUACUCGAACAAGGAAUGCACAGGGUAUACAAUCUUAACAAAUCAUCCACUUGAUCGUGAGCGACAAGAUCGACACAUUUUCACAUUAACAACGUCAUCAACUAAUAGGGAUCUCAGUUUCUCAAAACCUGCCGAGAAUUCAGUGAAAAUAAUACUUCAUGUGCAAGAUGUGAAUGACAAUCCGCCAACCUUGAAAGAACCUUUCUAUUCUACGAGAAUUUUAACACCUCCAGUUAAAAGUAUUAUCACCGAUAGAAUGACGUUUAAUCCCCCAUAUUACAUAACCAAUGUAUCUAUAUCAUAUAAAGUACCACAAGGUUAUGUAAUUAUUCAAAUGAAUGCAGAAGAUAAAGAUGCUGGCGAGAAUGCAAGGCUCAGUUAUACACUACAUCAUAUGCAGUCAUUUCCAGAGACUGCUUAUGAAAGCAAUAGUCAAAGAUGGCAGGUGAAAUCUUUUAUCGUGUUGAAUUCGCAUACGGGAGUUUUGAGUACAACAAGGCAAUUAUUGUUGAGUGAUGUAGGAAGAUAUAUUCUAUUCAUAACAGUUCAAGAUCAUGGGAAACCUCAACCACUUAGCACAAAUUCUGUUAUAUACCUCAAUAUAUUACCUAUGGAAAUAUACCAGAGACCAGUGAAUGAUUUACCUGAUUCUCUGUCAGGAAGUCAUACUUUACCCUCAUCCUCCGUGCAUUCUUCAUCCUCUUCUUCUGCAUCAAUUCAUCAAUUCAACACAGAUGAAUAUGAUUCAGAGGGAUUAGGCGCCAAUCACCUCCUUCAUUUAUCAUCACAACCUUCAGAAUCUCUAAAAGAGCGAAAUCCAUUAUUAUGGCCUACGACAAUUGGUAUUGUCUCGACAAUUUUCCUUCUAAUUAUCACCAUAAUUGUUAUCGUUAUUCUAUAUCGUAUGAAAUCGAAAUCUACAAGCGCCCAACAGGAGGAAGUAAAACUUGAAGACGUCAAUAACGCUAUGACCUACAAUUUAGAUAUCAGUCCAUUGUCCGUAGAACAAAACAACACAACCUACUUACCUCAAUAUGAAAAAGACAUUUUAUUGCAUUAUAUGGAUCGAAGUAAAUGUAACAGUCCAAAUGGAUCCAUUCCAGCAGGUUAUAUUCAUCCAAAUUUAAGCAGUGCAGCGUCACUGAACAUGUAUUAUCCUAAUGCGUCACAUGGAUAUGAUACAAACUCUUUCAAUGAGUUAACUAAUCCGAAUCUUCGAUAUCAACACUUAAGCGCAAAUGAAUCAAUACAAGAUGGAAUCAGUGCGUCAAUACACUAUUCACCGAUCAGUCAUCCUUUUGUACAUAAUAUUUCUACAGCUUAUGUAACAGAGAAUCGUUAUCCAACUUUAGCGCCAACUACAGAAUCAAUUUAAUCAAAACAAGAUUGUUAUUAUUAUUAUUGUUAUUAUUACUAUUGUUAUUACCAUGAUUAGAAUUAUUCCCAACCUCAUUAAAAAUUCUCAGAUUAUAAAUUUAUC